CUCGCCUUCCGCUUCGUACCCCCCCGUGUUCAUUAGCCAUCGAGACACCUCAAAGGCCUCGAUAACUGUCUCAAACAAUCCCGCAAUAUUUAAAAGAAUUUUUUUUGCAAUUUUCAAGUUGUGACUCCUGGACUCACAAGUGCCUGUUUAUCAGUGAAGUUCGUGGUCUCCAGUGUCAAUUACCCAGGAAUACUCUACCAUUGAGAUGAUAGUGAAGAGUUUAUGUGCAAUAAUGCAGUGACACUGCUGUUACCUCGACAAUUGGAUUAAAUAUUGGGGUUUUUUCUUGUGGAGGCGCAGCUGGAAAUGGCGAGCGAGGUCAUGCUCGCACCGAGGACGGCUCCAAAGCCGUCCUGCCCCGGGGACAUUGACGAUGUUGUUGAUAUAUUCAGAAAUGCUUCCGUAUCCACCAUUUAUGCCAAACAACGUGCCUCCAUGAAAUGGCUACUAUCCAAGGCAUACAACAAUCGAGUCCCGGAGAACCUCCGGGAGCCUUACUACCGCGAUCUUGAGGAUCAGGAGCACUUGAAACCCCAGAUAGUCCACUCUCUAUCAAAUGCCGAGCUGUACUGUCUGGCUCUGGCCAACAUCUACUCGGACCCCAAUUACCACAACCAGAAUCACCUGGGCAUUCUCCAGGCACUGGCUCGCAAGGGUGUCUUUGUCAACGAGCCCAACAACACACCCCUCACCGAGACCAUUCUCAUUCAGAACUCGCCCCUCAAAAUGUCUGCACAUAUGGCUGUGAUAGAGGGUCUGAUGGUUUUGUACGCGAAGGAAGUGGUGACUGGGGAUCGUGUUGCAGCAGCAAUUCGUCGAUUCGACCCUCAGGCUCUGGUGGAUGUGCCACCGGACCACGAGAAGGGUCUCCUCCUGUGGAUAAGUCAUGCCUCACAUGCGUUGAUCGCCAAAAUUCAGGCUGAGGAGGGCCAGGGGGACAAGACGAAACUCCCUGAACUGCCACCAGCCAAGGACUUUCAGUCGUUGUGCGAUGGCGUUGGCCUAGCUGCUGUUGUCGCAUUCUACUGCCCUGGGGAACUCAAUUGGAUGGACAUCAGGGUCUCCAAGAGGCCGUCCGUUGCUGAUGCACUUCAUAAUCUCUCGUUGGUGCAUGCCUUCUGCGUGAGGUGUCUACCUUUCUCAAUUUUUCAUAUGCAACCGGAGGAUGUCACCUACAUGAGAGGAUCAAUGAAACAAAAUCUUGUUGUCUUUCUCGCUGACAUGUACAACGUUCUGGAGAUUCAUCCAGUGAAAUGUGUACGUUAUCCCGGGGAAGAACGGGCCAGCCAGUAUCUCGAUGCUUGCCCACGUAAUAGUCACGGGGUAGCACAUAAAAGAAGUCUACCACAGUCUAUAGCGCCAAUACCUGAUCUGAGAAGCAACCUCUCCAUUUCCGCGCCAGGCUUCACAGUUGCAAAGCCAACGACCAUGAGUUUCGUUAAAAAAUCACAGUCAAUGCAGCAGACUGCUGAGGCUCACUCCUAUGACGAUAGGAGAGGCACAUCUGAAGAGAGUUUUGUAGUCCAUCGAAACAGGGGAAUCCCAACAUUGAGUUCAGUGAGUGACGAGAAGAUGGUGAAGGCAGAGGCUGCUGGACGGCCUAGCAAUUGGGAGGACCAGAGGAGGAGCUCUUACGCUGGGAGGAGAUCUAGACGCAACAGUGUCACUGACGAUUCUCAAUUGACUAUUGAAAAUUUUGGUGGAUCUCAGGACAAUUUGCACAAUUUUGGAUGUGUAAGAAAUCCGGACAAAGAGCUAGUGCACGCAGGAAAGCGAUCAGUCCCCGAGCCAAAUCUCCCAGUGCGUUCAAGUGUCCAAGAUGUUUAUGGAAGCGAUGUCCAACACAUUUUAGCUGACAAUGGCUACAGCAACAACGAGCCAACCCCUCGUCUCAGGCGACAAGCAUCCAACUCAAGUCUCAAUAACGUAGCACUAAAGAACCUUCUACAUUCCAGUGAUAAUGAACAAAUCGACGUUGAAUCAACGAAAAUGGCGAGUUUUGCUAAUUUGAGUAGACAGAGUUCGGAGAAGGGAAUUAAUUUUAAUUAUGGAGAGCAGCAGGAGCGCGACGAUGUGGGGAUGAGGGGGAAUUUUGUCAGUAAAAAGCAUGGACAGAGUAAUGGCAAUGGAAUUGGGGAGAAGAAGACGACUUUUGCUACUUUACCAAAUACAACAACGUGGCAACAGCAGAGCAGUCUGCAGAGCCAACAGACAGAGCCACAUUCUAGUGAUGGAGAUGGAAGUAAUAUCGUAAUAGCAGCCCAAUUAAACAACAUUCGAAUGCAAUUGGAGGAGAAACGUCGACAGAUAGAGACGGAAAAACGCAGAAUGGAGGCGAAAGCCUCGAAGCAGAGGGAACAAGUGGGGAAAGCUGCUUUUCUCCAGACAGUGACGAAGGGUAAGGUUAAAUCACCCUCGUCAUCGGCAUCAGGCGGUGACAGUCCCGUGGAGCAUGGUCCCCCCACUCCAAUGACCUCAGGGUCAUCAGGUGAUACUACAGCGUGUAACGAGUCUACUGCACAUCAAAAUGUACAAGACAAACCCCAGCGCCCUUUCACACUCAAGGAAAUAAGGGAGGACGUCAGAGAUGUUGAGCACAAGUGGCUGGAGCAUGAUGGCAGUACAGUGCCCUUCAUCGAGACACGUCGCACCCCAGACCUUGAGAAUAUGGAUCUCGAGCAGUACCACCAGUCCAUCACUCAGCACAGAAUGAACAGCAGUCUCAGUGAAAUUCACGCCGACAUUCAGAGACUCGCUAAUCAACAGACUCAGAUACAACAACAGCAUUUUAUUAAUCAGCAGCAGCAGCAGAUGCAACAGCAAUUUCAACAAUUGCAAAGUUAUAAUCAGCAACACAUGACAAGUUACGGAAUGCCUCCGAUAAAUCCCAUGACUCCAAGAAUCCAAGACCCUCAACAGGGUCAAUUUUAUCUGCACGAUCAGCCCCAGAUUCAGAGAAGAACGUGGGCAAGGCCACAGCAGAAUUUAGCCAAUGAAAUGGCAGCUGUGAGCUACCAACAGCCCAUGGACCCCAGAUACAGUCCUCAACCCCCUGUUUACCAGCAGGAUUCAAGAUUGUACCAUGACACGAGGACCUGGGGUGCCCCUUCACCCCAGCAGAAGGGUUUUGUCCUCCAUGAUACCUCUCAGGAGCAGAGGUACCACAACGGCGGUGAUCACAGCCUCAUCAACAGUCAGAUUCAUCAUUCACCGGCUAAUUAUCCUCAACCAUCGAAUUUGUUUACACAAACACCACCUGCAUCUGCUAGUCCUCAGCAUCGAAAUGCUGUGCAUCGGAUAAGUCAACUGAUGGGUGAGAGUCCCGAGCCGAAGAAACCGAUAAUCCACCACAUCCCGAUGACCUGUGAAAGUCCAACGGAGAAGCGUCUCAACAAUGCCCCAUUGCACACACCAGUACCGGCACCACCGAUGGACGACAUGGAGCCCCAAAAUAUAUCAUUCAUUGGAAAUGACGAUGAUCUCGCACAACGAAUUCCCAGACUGCACAUCACGUCGGGCAGUAGAACAUACAGAAUAUCCUCACCCACGAAGACGACGCCCUCACGCAAUUCAUUUCAACCUCACAGUUCACUGCGCGAGGCAUCGCCAUCUCCCUCAGCUACACCUGAGAUCACUCCCCUGGAUCCUGCCGAUGCUGGGGAAAAAGGAUUUUACAUCUCGUUUGAUAAUGAUGGACCUAAGAAACCAAAACCUGCGUUGAGGGUCAAGAGAUCACCUAAAAAGGAAAGAACCGUUUCCUCAUUCAUCGAACACGAGGACUUCUCAGCGCGCCCUGACUCCCCACCAGUGAAUCCCAUAGAUCGUCAGAGGCACAUGGAGAUCCAGAGAGAUCUCGAACGUGAGCGUCAACGUCAAGCAGAGGAACGUGAACAGCAGCGCCAGGAAUUGAGGGAUCGAGAGCUCCAAAGGGAGAUUGACAAAGAGAGACAGAGAGAGGACAGACAGCGCACGGGUGAGACUCGUCCCACUGGGGUUGGGCUGAUCAUUGGAAAUGAACUGGCUAAUCCAGAUCCCAAUUCUCUGGACGAAAUGGAGAAGAAGAAGAAGCAAUUUAUGCUGGCGUCUCUACAGAGGCGCCAGCAGCAGGGGGAAUUGAAGGAGAGGAAAGAGGCUGAGGCACUCGCUAAACGAGAGAGGGAGAAAAUGAAGGAGGAGGAGAGGGCCCGGAAGAAGGAGGACGAUAGGCAGAGACGAGCUGCUAUUCUCGAGCAGUACAAGCUGAAAAAGCUGAAGGAGGAGGCUGAGCGUGAGGGAAAGGUCCUUGACAAGGAAGUUCUAAAUGCCAUAAAACAAACCCCAAAGUUACGUAGUAAGACUGCAACAUCGGCUAGACCGCGACCGAAAACAAUAGCCGUUGAUCACUCGGAAUUAGAUUCUGGUACACUGACGCCUAGUCGUGGGAAGAAGGGAUCUUCCUCAAAUCUCAGUACAGCGACGCUGAUCUCACCAACAAUGAAGCGAGAUUACUUCAGAGGCUCGCAGGACACUCUCAUUGCCGCCCAUUACGAUGACCGGCGCUCAGGGCCCUUCUAUAGGGGCGGCAGUCUCAAGGUAUCUUCCGUAGAUUCGCCAGACGAUGGUAGAGGUUGUUCACCGUGUCGUAGUACCACUCAACUGGGACGGAGGGGCUCCUACAAGACAUCGAGAGAUACGCAGGAGCCUCAGCAACAGGUUAGAGGCAGGACAAAAUACCCGACUUACCAAAACUUUAAAGGAAGAAAAUCAAAUUCGUUGAUGAAUUUGUGUGAUACUGACAGUGGUUUGGGGCGUGCAACACCACCGAGGAGGGCGCCAAGUCCUGGAAUGGGUGGAAGUACGAAACACUUGAAUUCACCUUCUUCAGGGCCAGGAUCACUGCCACCUGGUCUCAUGUCCAAGAGGAAAUUCGAUGAUGGCAGUAGUGAUAUCAGUAGCACAGCUAGUUCUAUGAUGGAAUAUAAUGGUCCUCGACUUUAUAAACAACCAACCACAAAAUCCAAUCGUGGAAUAAUGCUGAAUGCAGUUGAAUACUGUGUAUUCCCUGGGACUGUCAACAGAGACGCUAAAAGACGUGUUUUGGAUGAAAUUGGAAGAUCAGAGAGCAAACAUUUUCUCAUUCUCUUCAGGGAUGCUGGAUGCCAAUUUCGUGCUCUUUACUCAUACUGCCCGGACACAGAGGAGGUUACUAAACUUUGUGGAACGGGGCCCAAACAAGUGCUUGAAAAUAUGUUCGACAAAUUUUUCAAAUAUAAUUCUGGGGGUAAAUGUUUCUCCCAAGUCCAUACAAAGCAUCUGACAGUGACCAUAGAUGCCUUUACGAUACACAAUAGCCUCUGGCAAGGAAAGAAGAACAAUCUACCAAACAAAAAGGACAUGGCCCUCGUCAUAUAGUUUUACCCUCAAUUACCACCCACAAAUAACAAAAACCCCUCUGUUGUUCAUAGUUAUCAUAUUUUAAUACAAAAAAGUAAACCCCACUGUUUAAUUACCGACAGUCAACGUUUGUUCAUUAGUCAAUUUUCAUUUUCUUCGAUCGUUCACACUGAAACUUCCCCCCAAAAAAAAUCAUCAAAUUUUUUUUUCUCGUUUUUUUAUUAAUUUUUUAUACUCAUGUGUCGAUCGAGCGAUUAAUGGAAUUGUUUUUCCUCAUUAAAGUUAUCGUCAAAAGAAUUUAAAAUGUCGAUGAUUCAUUGAUUGAAGGCUAACACAACAAGACAUAAGCUUCGUAAUUCUCAUUCUCAUUAUCUUUUCUAUUUCAAUUUUUAAUUAAUAAAAAUCGAAGCGAAUUUUUGGCUUCCAAUUGAUAUCGUACGAGGACUGAAAACAGUCGUAAUUGAUUGAAACUGCAGAUUCCAAUGGGAAAAUGAUCGUGAGAACGUCAUUAACAUUUUUUAAAUUAAUGUCCAAUGCUUGGAGUGAUGGGAAAAAUUGUUGAUACAUUAGAAUUUGCAGUUUUUAAUUGACAGAACAUUUUCCUCUGGCUCUCAACUGUUGACAGUUGGGGCUCUAAUUGAAAAAAAAAAAUAAUUAAUGAUUCGAAAAACUGAUUUUUGCUUGUUGAACAAUUCAUGGACAUAAAAACGUAGUUUUGUAAAUAAUUGAGUGAUGGAGUGAUUGAAAAAUUAAUGGGAGAAUACCAAAUCAAGCCUUAAAGUCAAUCUGGGCGUUGAGAUGCAUCAUUAUUCAUUAGCUUUUCCCCCCAUUCUUCAUUUUUGUUUUAUACGUGGAAUGUAGGGAGGAGAAAUCACAUUGAAUUUCCACUUGUUUUUUAUGCAAUGCAUUUUUUUUCCUUUUUCAUUUUUUUUACAAGUUUUGUUAUGAACGGAAUUGGAUUUGUAAAGUUUCGUAUUUCUUCAUUCAUUUCGUUGAUGAGUUCUCUGGAAUAAAAUGCGUGGACAUUUUGAUUAAAUGAAAUUCCGAAUUUGCUGGUGCCUUCAUUGAUUGUGCUAAUGAGUUUAUUUCAUUUUUACUGUGAAAAAAAUUAGAAAAAUUGGAUUUUGAUUUUUUUAUUGAUCAGAAAGAUCAAAACUCUAUGGAUGAAAAAAAUUAAAAACGUAAUUCGGUUUUAUUUUUUGAUACUAAAACUGAACUAGUAAACUCUGCACGAUAAAUAAAUGUCUCUGCGAUUUUGAAAUUUGACUGAGGUCUUUCAACGAGAUAAUGAAUGUAGAAUUAAAUAAAUUUGUCGAAAAAUCCUCAAUUCUCUUUCAUUAACAAAAUUCAUAUUCUCAAAAGUUUGCUUGAGUUUAGUAUUAAAAUUACUCAGAACAAGAAAAAACGAUUGGGUUCUAACGAUGGCAGUAUUUCAUACAGUAUUCUUUCGAAAAACUCCCCAACAUUAAUAGCCACGCGUUAAUUACUCAAAAAAAUCGUGAAUUUAAUUACGAGAGAAUUGUCUCCAGGCUUGUGUAUGUAAAACCCAAGAUAUUUAAUUUAUUGUGCCAUAAAUAGGCGAGCCAAUUCUCUCGUGAAAUUCUCAUAUUUUCAAAAAGUUAAUGAAGUUAACAUUUAUUUAAAAUAAUACAAAAGAAUGUAACUGACAUAUCGAUUUAAAAAUCUCAAUAUUUUUGGUCGAAUUUCAUUAAUAAAAUGUUUGAAAAUUUAUGAUAAAACCAAAUUAUCUGUCAGUAAAAUUAUCUCUGGACAAUUUUUAGGUGUGACGAGAGAAUUCAUCAGAAACGUUACAAGAAUUACAGAUGUAAUUCAACAAUUUCAGUAAUUGAAAUAGUCCGAUAUGACAAUAUACGUGCGUUUGAAUGCCAUAAAAAAUUGAUAAAAGUCCCAGAGUCCCUCGAACAAUUUAGAACUUAAUCAAAUGAAAUUUUGCGUACGAAUGGUUAAACGGCUGAUUAAAUUUUUCGUUAAUUCCGUAAUUACUUCAUUAAUGAGUGAUUUUGAAGGAAAAUAUGUCUCGACGUUUCCUCUUAGAAAUGAUAAUUACAGAAAUAAUUGCAUUGUUAACAGAAUAAAAUGAAUAAAAUCACUUCGUUUUCCCGAUUAAAUUCAAAUUUCAAUGAAAAACAUUUUGAAAAUUUCAAUAAAUGACGGAAAAAAAUUAUUUCUCGAAGAGAAUCUUCACUCUAGGACCUGAUGGAAAAAUCCUCGAAUGAAAAUAAUUUCCAUUGCAGUCAUCAAGUGUUAAGAGUCUAAAAUGGAAAUUGCAACAAGUUUCGAAAGUAUCUUAGAAAGGCAGAAACCACAAUUAUUCUCCUGAGCAAUUGAAAUAAUUGGGUUGAAGAGUUAAGAUUGAAAGGAGUAAAUGACGCUGGAAAGCUCUCGAAAAAUCCUGAAUGAAUCCCCAAGCCUCGAAGAGUGAUUGCUAGAGCUUUAAGUGUAUAUUUUUCAAUAAAAAUCCAUCAAGAAGGAUACUAACACACUUCAAUUAAUUCUGGGAAGCCACAGGACUUCGAAAGAGAACGAGAGACCAUGAAGGAUGCAUGAGAGAUGUUUCAAUUAAUUAAAAAAACCUAAAGAAAAACUAAUUAAACAGAAUGAAUAAACAAUAUUACUGUGAGAGUGAUAAAUGUUCGAGUGCGAUGUUGCGUGUAUGAAAAUGCUGCCGUAAAUCGCUUACUAAUUAACAAAUAGAUAAAUAAAUAAAUAAAAGGCAUAACAGAAUUAAUUAAUAAAGAAUUGAAUGGAGAGAUGAACAAUUACCCAAUUACAGUUACGCAAUCGUUAAUUUUUAUCGUCAUCAAUAGAGAAAAUGAAGAGAAGAAAAAAAAAGUGGAUGGAAAUGUGACCUCUGUCGAGUUGAUAAUUUUUCAAUUUACCCAUGUCUGUAAAUAUUAUGUUUUUAUAUAUACAUAUAAACGACAAAAAAGAUGGAAACUACUACUCGAUGAUAUAUUUAUUAAGUCAAGUAAAAUUUUGGGUCAUAUUUUACUGUUAGCGUCUUGAAAACGAAUGUCAUCAAUAAAAACUCAAUAACCCAAU